ACGGAAAUCGUUUUGUUGUCUUCCUGUUUCUAGAUGUGUGUCGCGGUAUGAAGUUGAUCGCAUGCUAUUGCACGGUCUAUGGACAGUAACAGUUUAGCUACAUUGUGUCAUGUCAUGAUUAUGCCCGCGGUAAAUCACGGAUCGCUACAUCGACGUGGUGUUACAUUGUUACUAAAAAACCGGACUUGCGCGUGGUUGGUGCUACAGUUCAAAGGCAACCAACUCACGAGGUAACGUUACUGUACAGUAGUGCAACAACUUGAAAUGAUUGUCUGACAUUCGCUCACAUAUUGAGUGAAAGGAUGCUGAGAACAUGUUUAACAGCUGUCCGCGGUCCUGCGGUCUGCGUGGGUCGGUGUUUCAGCAGUGAAGUGAGUGGUGGAGAUUCCACGUUACCCGGUUUCUCCUCUCCACCGUUCUCAACGGAGGCUUCACUCUAUGUUCACUGGCCUUACUGUCUGAAGAGAUGCUCCUACUGUAACUUCAACAAGUACAUCCCUCGCUCUGACAACCAGGAUGUCAUGUUGGAGUGUCUCCAGCGGGAGACGGAGACCUUACUAAAGCUCAGCCAGGUGUCCCGGAUCACCUCUGUGUUUUUUGGAGGCGGGACUCCCAGCCUGGCCCGCCCCUCCACUAUCGCUGCGGUCCUAGAGACGGUUGCCAGGCACGCUGGACUAUCAGAGGAGGCGGAGGUCACUCUGGAGGUCAACCCCACCCCCAUAGGAAGCUCUAAGUUGGAGGACUUCCUCCAUGCUGGCGUCAACCGUUUUUCCAUCGGGGUGCAGUCUCUCCGGGACGACGACCUGAAGGUUCUGGGGAGAGACCAUAACUCCCAGCAUGCUUUGCAGACCGUAGCGGAGGCUCGGAGGCUCUGCCCGGGGAGGGUGUCUGUCGACGUCAUGUUCGGACGCCCUGGUCAGAGCGUUGCAUCCUGGGAGUUGGAGUUGGAUGAGCUGCUGUCGGUGUGUGAUGACCACGUCUCCCUGUACCAGCUGACCCUGGAGAGAGGCACACAGCUGUUCAGACAGGUCCAGAAAGGCCAACUGAGCGUGCCCAGUGAUGACAUCACAGCUGUCAUGUAUGACUCUGCCAGGAGGAUUCUUCAGAAGAGAGGCUAUCUGCAGUACGAGGUGUCCAACUUUGCCAGAAAUGAUGCCAUCAGCCAACACAAUAUGAGCUACUGGAAGGCCAGUCAGUACCUUGGAGUGGGCCCAGGUGCCCAUGGUCGCUUCGUCCCCCGUGGAGAGGGGGAUGUGUGUCGAGAGGCCCGUACCCAGACUCUGGAGCCUGAUGUCUGGUUGAGAGAGGUGCAGCAGAGGAGUCACGGGACUCGACGCAGGAUACCCCUCACCCACCUGGCACUAUUGGAGGAAGUGUUGGUCAUGGGACUGCGUUUGAUUGACGGCAUCACUCACCAGCAUUGGCAGUUGUUCAGUCCCAGGGCAGAUCUGUACCAGAUUCUCAGCUCAUCCUCUGAAGUACAAGACCUUCAACAGACAGGCCUCCUAAUUCUGGAUGACAGGGGUCUGCGGUGCUCGUGGCAGGGCCUGGCCUUACUGGACAGCAUGUUACCCACUCUGCUGUUGCUGCUGGAGGCCUACAUCACCCAGGGGCUCCAGGAGCAGCAGGCCAGGGGCCCCAUAGGAGACCAGAGACAUGGAGGACAGAGGGUCUCCAAGCCUGGCUGACAGACAGGGGAGAUUGACCCAGAGACUGAGCCCGAGACUGACCCGGAGCCCGAGACUGACCCGGAGCCCGAGACUGACCCGGAGCCCGAGACUGACCCGGAGACCGAGACUGACCCGGAGACCGACACUGAGCCCGAGACUGACCCGGAGCCCGAGACUGACCCGGAGCCCGAGACUGACCCGGAGCCCGAGACUGACCCGGAGCCCGAGACUGACCCGGAGACUGAGCCUGACCCGGAGACUGAGCCUGACCCGGAGACUGAGACUGACACUGAGACUGAGCCGGAGACUGAGCCGGAGACUACCCCGGCAGCCACUAUGAACUGUAGCUACUGGUCUAAUCGACCAUCUACACUGAUGAAGUAGAUUAGCUGCAGUAAGAUGACGCUAACCUGCUGUCACCGUGUUCUGAUCAGUGACAGGUUAGAUGGGCCUGAGAUGCUGAUAAAGCUCUGUACUUUACAGUUUAACAGGAUGCUGUCGGGACUCUGAUAAAGCUCUGUACUUUACAGUUUAACAGGAUGCUGUUGGGACUCUGAUAAAGCUCUGUACUUUACAGUUUAACAGGAUGCUGUUGGGACUCUGAUAAAGCUCUGUACUUUACAGUUUAACAGGAUGCUGUUGGGACUCGGGAAAGGUUCUCCACACCAUGUCUUCUAUGAACAAAUCAUUCUGUACCCUUCAAUGUAGUAGAGGGAAUCUCUCUCUCACACACACAUACUCAAACACACACUCACUCACACACACACACUCACACACACUCACACACACUCACACACACUCACACUCACACUCACACUCACACACACACAGUCACACACACACUCACACACACACACUCUCACUCACACACAGACACACACACACACACACGACAAGCAGUUACCAAAAGCAGCAGUUAAAUAGGUUGUUUAUGAAGGUUAGCGUGCCACGGACUCCAGUUCCUCCACGCUUCUCUAGUUGUCUGUCAUCAGAGCUGUAGUGAACCACUGUUAUUGUCGAGGUCCCUGGAAUGGAGCUCUGCUUCCCCAUCAUCAUAGCGUGAGAAGAUGUAGCAUGAGCAGGGGGCUGGAUCACCUGGCAGAGAGAGAGAGAGAGAGAGGGUGGGUGGGUGUGUGUGUGUAUGUUUGGGCAGAGUGAUAGUGAGUGUGUGUGUUUGGGCAGAGUGACGUGGUCGUGGUCCCUGUAUCUGGCCCAGGUGCAGAGCAGAUCCCAGAUUAGACAGACGGGCUUAAACCUUCUGUUGUCCAUCAGCUGUGAUGAAAGUCUUGGUCUGACAGGUACACAACAUGUAAUGCACCAAGAAGAGUCUGGAGCGUGUUGUUUUAAGCAUGAAGACAGCAUCACAACACUGUAGACUGGAGCGUAUUGUGUUUAAGCCUGAAGACAGCAUCACAACACUGUAGACUGGAGCGUGUUGUUUAAGCCUGAAGACAACACUGUAGACUGGAGCGUAUUGUUUAAGCAUGAAGACAGCAUCACAACACUGUAGACUGGAGCGUAUUGUUUAAGCCUGAAGACAACACUGUAGACUGGAGCGUAUUGUUUAAGCCUGAAGACAGCAUCACAACACUGUAGACUGGAGCGUAUUGUUUAAGCCUGAAGACAGCAUCACAACACUGUAGACUGGAGCGUAUUGUUUAAGCCUGAAGACAGCAUCACAACACUGUAGACUGGAGCGUAUUGUUUAAGCCUGAUGACAGCAUCACAACACUGUAGACUGGAGCGUAUUGUUUAAGCCUGAUGACAGCAUCACAACACUGUAGUCUGGAGCGUAUUGUUUAAGCCUGAUGACAGCAUCACAACACUGUAGACCGGAGCGUAUUGUGGAGGCUUGUUGAGAUGGGUCUGUUGACACGCUGGGUGUAUUGUAGGUAUAGUGUACAUGGGUUAAUAAGAAGAGCACAUUUUAUAAUAGGAUAAUUAUAACCGAUUGCCAAGUAAGAUGGACUGUGAAAUGCAUAGUUGGUUCAAUUUCUUACUCAAUACAAAUGCUUUCUACUAUUCAUUCUGAUAUUUAUGGUCAUUCAUGCUCAUUAAAGAAAUGGUGUACAUUCCCUAUAAAUGUAACUACUUUUGACCUGAGCCCUGACCUGAGCCCUUUGACCCCUGACCUGAGCCCUAUGACCCCUGGCCUGAGCCCUAUUAGCCCUGACCUGAGCCCUUUGACCCCUGACCUGAGCCCUAUUA